GCUCACAAAAGUGAAGCUUCUUUGAAAACGGAUGGACAGGCACAGAGCCUGGUGCUGGGGGUUGAGUACGAUUUCUGCUUUGCAGAUAAAACUCCCCUUCUUGUGGAUUUAAAGAAGCCUGAGUCGACGAUCGCUCACACAGUGAACUUCUUCGUCAGGUCCGAGCCUGGGGUGCUGCUCGGCGUCUGGCACAUGGUCCCCAGCUGCCGGGGAGAAGACGCCAAAGGGAAGGGUCGUUGCUGGUAUGAAGCUGCCCUUCAUGAUGGGAACCCAAUUAUUGUUUAUCUUCAUGGCAGUGCACAACACAGGGCAGCUCCUCACAGAGUCAAGCUGGCCAAGGUGCUGAGUGACGGGGGCUUUCAUGUCUUGUCUGUGGACUACAGAGGGUUCGGGGAUUCUACCGGGUCGCCCACUGAGGAGGGGCUAACCACAGACGCUAUCUGUGUCUAUGAAUGGACCAAGGCAAGAAGUGGUGGGACCCCCGUGUGUCUGUGGGGCCACUCUCUGGGCACAGGAGUUGCAACAAAUGCUGCAAGAGUGUUGGAGGCGAAAGGAUGUCCCGUUGAUGCCAUUGUCUUAGAAGCUCCAUUUACCAACAUGUUGGUGGCGAGUAUCAACUAUCCCUUGUUAAAGAUUUGCAAGAAGCUACCAAGAUGUUUAAGCAUUCUUACGGAUGCCCUUAAAGAAGACAAAAUAGUCUUCCCUAGUGAUGAAAAUGUGAAGUUCCUGUCCUCCCCGCUUCUCAUCUUGCAUGGAGAAGAUGACAGGACAGUGCCCCUGGAGUACGGAAAGCAGCUCUACGAAAUUGCACGCAGUGCCUACAGGAACAAAGACAGGGUCAAAAUGGUUGUCUUCCCUCCAGGCUUCCACCACAACCUUCUCUGUAAAAGCCCCAUGCUGCUGAGAAGUGUGAGAGACUUCCUGAGCCAGCAGUGGGCAUGAGGGCUGGGAGGAGUGGAAAUCUCUAGAAGAUGCGGUACACAUGGCACCUGAGCUGUGUGGCUUCUUUAUGCAAAAUUGCAGUGGGCUACUUGGAUGAACAGAUGCCCUCGAUACUUCCACCUGCCAUUUGAAUAAAGAAAGCUGCACGGAAUGGUCUUUAGCUCAUCAUCGUCUGACUUGCGAAUCAUGUCAAGUCCUCGAUGUGGAGAAUCAGAAUUUAAUGUGAUCUGGUCUCAUCUAUAAAUGUCCACUUAUGAAACCUGCUGGGAAUAUUUGUGAGUAAGGUGGCUGCUGGUGUAUGAACGUUGGUGUCAGCUGAGACGGGAUGAGAGGGUACCAUUUAGGAACCAGAGAGUGCGUCUCUCAGCAGACUCUGAACCUGGGAGCCUCUUGAACUUGGACUUCUCUUACCUUCGGAGCUGUGAGAUUAAAUUUACGUUGUUUGUAGGUUAUCUAGAUUAGCACCUUCUGUUAUGACAGCGUGAGGGGACUGAGACAGCAGCCUGGAGCUUGAACUCCCGACAGUAGUGAAAAUAUUUUACCUUAGUUCUUUUAAAUGGCAUUAAGCAGUUCCAAGCA